AUGACCAAGAAGCUCAUCUCCGCCAUGGCCGGGAAGCAAGGUUUCAAGGAGCAGCACUUCAGUGGUCAGAGAAUACAGGCUUCGAUUCAUGGAGACGCCAAGAGCGUGGUGGGGUUCGGCCGCGGCAGGCUGAUCUCCCAUGAGCAGGAGGACGCCAUCAUCGUCGCGGCGCUGCGGCACGUGGUGUCCGGGUACAGCACGCCGCCGCCGGAGGUCGUCACGGUGGCGGGCGGCGAGGCGUGCGGGGUCUGCGGCAUCGACGGAUGCCUCGGCUGCGACUUCUUCGGGGCGCCGCCGGAGCUGACGCAGGAAGCAGCAGUGAACUGCGGCGCGGGGCAGAUGGUGGCGACAGCAGUGGCGGGAGGGGGGCACCAGCAGAGGCCGUGGCGGCGUAGGAAGAAGAACAUGUACCGCGGCGUGCGGCAGCGGCCGUGGGGGAAGUGGGCGGCGGAGAUCCGCGACCCGCGGCGCGCGGCGCGCGUGUGGUUGGGCACGUUCGACACCGCGGAGGAGGCCGCCAGGGCCUACGACUGCGCCGCGAUCGAGUUCCGCGGCGCGCGCGCGAAGCUCAAUUUCCCGGGGCACGAGGCGCUGUCGUCGUUCCAGGGCCACGGCCAUGGCGGCGACACUUAUGCCACCGCGGCGGCGAACACCGAGACGCAGACACCGAUGCUGACGCCGCCGUCGCCGUGCAGUGCAGACGGCGCCGCGGAGGUGGCGCCGGGAGAGUGGCAGCUGGGCGGCGUGGACGGCGGAGCGGGAGACGAGGUGUGGGAAGGUCUACUACAGGACCUGAUGAAGCCGGACGAGGCGGACCUCUGGUUCGCGCCAUUUUCUGGCGCUGCAUCUACUAGUUUUUGA